CCACGCCCCUAACACAACAACCCGUUCUCUCAGUAGCCUUUUAUUUUGAAAUUAUAAACCGUCUUCCUGCCAUUUUGAGAAUCUCACCCCUGUCUGUAUCUCAGCCAGCAGCCUCCUUCGCGCUCGAGCAGCUCACUUUAUCAUUUCCAAGCCUCUUUUCGUGUCGGAUCAGUCCUCAGUUCCAGGAUGAAUGUUAUUGAUCAUGUGCGGGACAUGGCGGCCGCCGGCCUUCACUCGAACGUGCGCCUAAUGAGCAGCCUGCUGCUGACUAUGAGCACCAACAACCCGGAGCUCUUCUCUCCAGCGCAGAAGUAUCAGCUGCUGGUGUAUCACGCAGACGCCAUAUUUCAUGAUAAAGAGUACAGAAAUGCUGCCUGCAAAUACAACAUGGCCCUGCAGCAGAAAAAGGUGCUCAGUAAAACCUCCAAAGUGCGUCCAUCCAGCACAGGAGGCUCAUCUUCAGUCCAAACCCAGAACUUGCCUUCAGAGAUUGAGGUGAAGUACAAGAUUGCUGAGUGCUACACCAUUUUGAAGCUGGACAAAGAUGCCAUCUCGGUUUUAGACGGGAUCCCCUCGAGGCAGAGGACUCCCAAGAUCAACAUGAUGCUGGCGAAUCUGUACCGAAAGGCUGGACAGGAGCGCUCAGCGGUCACAAGCUACAAGGAAGUGCUGAGGCAGUGUCCUCUCGCCCUGGAUGCUAUCAUCGGCCUGCUGUCUCUAUCUGUAAAGGGAGCUGAAGUGGCCUCCAUGACUAUGGAUGUGAUCCAGAGUAUCCCCAACCUGGACUGGCUUUCUGUGUGGAUCAAAGCCUACGCUUUCAUCCAUGGAGGAGAUAAUCACAGAGCCAUCAAUACUAUUUGCUCCUUGGAGAAAAAGUCUCUCCUGAGGGAUAACGUCGAUCUGUUGGUGAGCCUCGCAGACGUGUACUUCCGAGCCGGAGACACGAAGAACGCCAUUCUGAAAUUUGAGCAGGCGCAGAUGCUUGACCCCUAUCUGAUCAAAGGCAUGGAUGUGUAUGGCUACCUUAUGGCCCGAGAAGGUCAUUUGGAGGAUGUAGAGGUUCUUGGUGGGCGACUCUUUAACAUCUCAGAUCAGCAUGCGGAACCCUGGGUAAUAUCUGGGUGCCACAGUUUCUACAGUAAGCGCUAUUCCCGUGCACUGUACCUGGGGGCCAAAGCCAUCCAGCUGAACAGUAACAGUGUGCAGGCUCUGCUUCUGAAGGGUGCUGCGCUGCGCAAUAUGGGCAGAGUGCAGGAAGCUAUCAUUCACUUCAGGGAGGCUAUGAGGCUGGCACCAUGCCGUCUAGACUGCUACGAAGGAUUGAUUGACUGCUACUUGGCAUCCAAUGGAAUUCGCGAGGCAAUGGGCAUGGCCAAUAACAUCUAUAAGACUCUCGGUGCGAAUGCCCAAACCCUCACUAUUUUGGCUACAGUGUGUCUGGAGGACCCCAUGACCCAGGAGAAGGCUAAGACCCUGCUGGACAAAGCUCUCGUCCAGCGGCCAGACUACAUCAAAGCUGUGGUGAAGAAAGCAGAGCUCCUCAGUCGCGAACAGAAAUACGACGAAGGCAUAGCACUUCUGCGAAAUACACUGGCCAAUCAGAGUGACUGCAUGCUGCACAGAAUGCUGGGAGAUUUUCUAGUCGCUGUUAAUGAGUAUCAGGAGGCCAUGGACCAGUACAGCAUAGCCCUGAGUCUGGACCCAAACGACCAGAAGUCUUUAGAGGGCAUGCAGAAGAUGGAAAAGGAGGAGAGCCCUACAGACGCCACGGUGGAGAUCGAUGGGGACGACAUGGAGGGUAGCGGCGAGGAAGGCGAUCUUGAGGGCAGCGACAGUGAGGCGGCGCAGUGGGCCGACCAGGAGCAGUGGUUCGGUAUGCAGUGAGCCGCAGCGCUGACCUCGGAUCAGCCUCCUCCUGACUCAUCGCUCAGCAGGAUUACAAAAAAAUAACAACAAACUGAUCCUGGAUCAACACUUAACUCUUGUGGAGUUUAAAACCUACUGUGUGAACUUGACAGAAUGUAUUAGAGUGCCUCCUGCAGGCUGGGAGCUGCAUCAGUGCGGGCCAGAGUACAGGAAAGCCUGACAAAUCUGUACGUUUAACAUGGCCACCGCUGUGAUCGUGUGCGGUUUCAAAGAACAGCACUGAUGCUUGGAAUCACUUUUUUUACCACUUUGCCACCCGGUGGCAAAAGCAAUGCUGUGUAUUCGGGUUUGAAUCUAAUGGUCGUACGUGUUUCGUGUAUCUUUACUUUUCUAGUUCUGCCAUAGUAAGAACGCUCUUAACGUUUAAAUACGAACUUCCAACACGACUCGUACGAGUUCACAGCAAAGCCUUUGUGUGCUUACUUUUGUUCGAGAUCAUGGAUUUUUAAUUUUUUGCUCUCUCUUAUUAAACCGCAUUCUGACUGCGCUAGCACUUGUCCUCCGUGACCUCACGCUAGCACCCGAGCGUCACUGUAUAAUCAACAUGCAGCACAGACUAACCUACUAGCUCCAUAAUUUGUGUUGCAAGAUGAACUUGUGCUUUUUUGGUUAUCUAUUAUUUUAAACAUGGCCUUGCAAACAUGCCUAAACAGAUUUUUUCACAUGGUUUCUCAAAUCCACGUCAAUGAGCCGAGAACCUGCAGAAGAACAAACUCCUCCACAAAUUUCCUGUCAGCGUAUUGAUCAAGUUAAAUACACGUAGCCGGAAGUGCUCUUUGUGGUGUAACUUUUUAUUCUAAGGUUUAUAACAAUAUUGUGGCGAAGUGAAUAAUAUUUUUCAAUGUUAACAAAUAAAUCAUGGCCGAUUCUUUA